AUGGCCUCAAAGGUGUCAUGUCUAUAUAUUUUGACAGUGGUUUGCUGGGCAAGUGCACUUUGGUACCUAAGUGUCACACUCGUCCAACAUCCAACUACAGUGGCUACAGGCUAAGCAAAGUGGUGUUAGCUCAAAAAAACAUUACUUUUGGCAAUAUUAGAACUCGACCCAUCAAUCCCCAUUCAUUUGAAUUUGUUAUUAAUGAGCCUGAGAAAUGUGAAAACAAUGGCAGCCCUUUUUUGGUUAUUCUAAUAAGCACAACCCAUAAGGAGUUUGAUGCCAGACAAGCCAUCCGAGAAACUUGGGGUAAUGAAAGCAACUUUAAGGGAAUUAAAAUUGUCACACUUUUCCUCCUCGGCAAAAAUGCAGAUCCAGUAUUAAACCAGAUGGUUGAGCAAGAAAGCCAGAUAUUUCACGAUAUAGUGGUGGAAGACUUUAUAGACUCAUACCAUAAUCUAACCCUCAAAACUAUGAUGGGCAUGAGAUGGGUGGCAACUUUCUGCUCCAAGGCUAAAUAUGUCAUGAAAACAGACAGUGAUAUUUUUGUAAAUAUGGACAAUUUAAUUUAUAAACUACUGAAACCAACUACAAAGCCAAGGAGGAGGUAUUUUACUGGAUAUGUUAUCAAUGGAGGACCCAUAAGGGAUGUCCGCAGCAAAUGGUAUAUGCCAAGAGACUUGUACCCAGAUAGUAACUAUCCGCCAUUUUGUUCAGGAACUGGGUAUAUCUUCUCUGCAGAUGUGGCGGAACUCAUUUAUAAAACAUCCCUCCACACAAGACUUUUGCAUCUUGAGGAUGUCUAUGUUGGACUUUGCUUGCGAAAACUUGGAAUCCACCCAUUUCAAAACAGUGGCUUUAAUCAUUGGAAAAUGGCUUACAGUCUGUGCCGAUACCGUAGAGUGAUCACAGUACAUCAGAUUGGCCCUGAAGAAAUGCACAGAAUUUGGAAUGACAUGCAAAGCAAAAAGCAUCUCCGAUGUUAG